AUGAAUGCUAGCAACUCAAAUGGGGCACGCUUGAAUGGAUUCUACGCUUACAAGAAUACGUUUGACGACAAGACUACAUGGGUUGCCAUUCCGAAGGAGCUGACAUUCUUCAAUACGACUGAUCCAUAUCGCGACGAUCUGAAUGCAGAAGACGGCGAUGGCAAGCUCGGCCCACAGACUCAAAGACCCAUCUCAAGACCGCACGAUCCAAGAAUGCAGCAAGGAAUCUAUGGAGGAAUAGGUACGAAGGGUUUGGAAGCUUUAUCGGCUGCUGCUCUAUCUACCCCUCCUGAAGCAGACAUGAUCUUUCGACCCGCAUCAUAUCAUAGACAAGAAAAUCUGCCGCGGUCCGGAUCACCGCAUCGCUCCGUGGCGGCAGAUCUCAAUGCCUCUACAAUAUCCAGCAGCUCAAGGCCAUCUUCUGAUUCUUUCAUCGAGUCUCAGAUAGACCCCAAUCUUGUACCGACGGUCACACACGGAAGUAUUGCAGCCCCUUCAGAUGCCGGAAGAAACUCUGCGAAUAGCGAGCUGUAA